UCACGUGAAGCGGGUGGCAUAAAGCAUAAGUAAUUGUGCCGAUAAGCAAUCUAUAAAGCAUGUGGCGGCUAUGCAAUUCUGCUGAAUCUCAUUAGAUUUUUAAAAAUAUCCCCUAUUUUCAUCUAUACUGAAUACUUUAUUUUUAAUUUUUAAAUUGAGCUCACUAUACAAUAGUUCCUCUUCCUUCUUCUUCUUCUGUUUUCAGUAAUGGCUAUGGAGAGUGCAUUAGCAUCCACACGAGUUUCAAUUCCAUCGUUGUGUUCAGGGAUCACUUCAUCUCAUCAUCACCAUAGAUCCUUGUCAUUUCUCAGUUUCCCCAAAUUGUGUUCCUUCAAAUAUUGUUUUCGAACAAUUUCAACUGUUCCUUUCGUUGUCAGUGCAUCCUCUGUUUCUCCAUCAUCUCCUUCUACAUCCGUUGCCCAAUCUCAGGAUCUCAAGAUCAAAUCAGUUCCUACCAAGCCUAUUGAAGGUCAAAAGACCGGUACCAGUGGUCUACGCAAAAAGGUUAAAGUGUUUAUGCAGGACAAUUACCUUGCCAAUUGGAUACAGGCAUUGUUUAAUUCUUUGCCGUUAGAGGAUUAUAAGAAUGGACUCUUGGUCUUAGGAGGUGAUGGUCGAUAUUUCAAUCGAGAAGCUGCACAGAUAAUCAUUAAAAUUGCUGCUGGUAACGGUGUUGGUAAAAUAUUGGUUGGCAAGGAUGGUAUACUGUCCACUCCAGCUGUAUCUGCUGUGAUACGGAAAAGAGAGGCAAAUGGUGGCUUUAUAAUGAGUGCAAGCCAUAACCCUGGUGGUCCUGAGUAUGAUUGGGGUAUCAAGUUCAAUUAUAGCAGCGGCCAACCAGCUCCCGAGUCUAUCACAGACAAGAUCUAUGGGAACACCCUUUCUAUUUCUGAAAUAAAAAUUGCUGACGUUCCUGAUGUUGAUCUUUCUCAACUUGGAGUUACAAAAUAUGGAAAUUUUAGUGUGGAGGUGGUUGACCCUGUGGCUGAUUAUUUGGAACUAAUGGAAAAUGUAUUUGAUUUUUCACUCAUUAGAAGUCUUGUUUCACGACCAGAUUUCAGGUUUGUAUUUGAUGCCAUGCAUGCAGUUACAGGGGCUUAUGCAAAGCCCAUUUUUGUUGACAAACUAGGAGCUAGCCUGGAUUCUAUUGCAAACGGAGUGCCACUGGAAGAUUUCGGACAUGGUCAUCCAGACCCUAACCUUACGUAUGCUGAGGAUUUGGUGAAUAUCCUGUAUGGAGAGAAUGGACCAGACUUUGGUGCUGCAAGUGAUGGAGAUGGUGAUAGAAACAUGAUUCUUGGAAGAAGCUUUUUUGUUACUCCAUCUGAUUCUGUUGCAAUUAUUGCUGCCAAUGCCCAAGAUGCUAUUCCAUAUUUCCAGUCCGGGCCUAAGGGUUUGGCUCGAUCAAUGCCCACUAGCGGUUCUCUAGAUCGCGUUGCCCAAAAGCUAAACCUCCCCUUUUUUGAGGUGCCAACUGGUUGGAAAUUCUUUGGUAAUCUAAUGGAUGCUGGAAAAUUGUCUAUCUGUGGCGAAGAAAGUUUUGGGACUGGUUCUGACCACAUCCGUGAAAAAGAUGGUAUAUGGGCUGUUUUAGCUUGGCUUUCAAUACUUGCAUAUCGGAACAAGGACAAAAGAUCAGGGGAGAUAUUGGUUUCUGUUGCUGAUGUUGUGAAGGAGCAUUGGGCCACCUAUGGAAGGAACUUCUUUUCGAGAUAUGACUAUGAGGAAUGUGAAUCAGAAGGAGCAAAUAACAUGAUCGAGCAUCUUCGGGAUUUGAUUUCUAAAAGCAAGGCUGGUGAUAAGUAUGGAAGUUAUAGCCUAGAUUUUGCUGAUGACUUCGCCUAUACUGAUCCUGUCGAUGGAAGUAUUGCAUCCAAACAGGGGGUUCGCUUUGUUUUUAGUGAUGGAUCACGGAUCAUCUUUCGACUAUCGGGUACUGGCUCUGCUGGAGCAACAGUCAGAAUAUAUAUCGAACAGUUUGAGCCGGAUGUUUCCAAACACGACAUGGAUGCUCAAAUUGCAUUGAAACCGUUGAUAGAUCUCGCGCUUUCUAUAUCAAAGCUAAAGGACUUCACCGGAAGAGAAAAGCCUACUGUCAUCACAUGAGGGCAUAGAUAUCUGCAACUACAAUUGCAUAGCAGAAGCCCUCUUGUGACAGUUGCAGUAGGUUGGACACUUACUUUCUUUCUGAAUUUUACGUGAUGCAUGGUUCAUCCUCAUUUGGCUUGCAUGUAGCUGUAGUUUUCUGAGGACCAGAACUAAAAUCAUGUAAAUUAUGUAUAAUUAUCUGAUGAUUGGAGUAUUUAAUCAAUCGAAAGCUGCAGCACCUAGAAUUUUUGUUUCUUCCUAGAAAUUUUGUUAAAUUUGUAAUAAAUGAGAUACAUGCUCUAGACAUUUUAUUCCAGAAUAUAUGACAGUUCCCAUGCCUCGUACUGGCUGUUGGUGAUGGCAUCUUUGUGGGAUCACUCGAGUUCCUUCUA